AUGGAGAUGAACAACGAUGAGGCGACUCUUCGCCAACUCGAGGAUGAGCUCCAGGUCAAGAUCUACCCCGGUACGGAAAUCAUGACCGAUGUCGGCUCGCAUCAUUUCGUGAGACAGUCGGGCGCAUCGUCGAACGUCUUGGUCCCCCAACCAUCCCAGGACCGAAAUGACCCCCUCAAUUGGAACAAGUACUGGAAAUUCACCACCAUUUUUAUCGCGAUGGGAAGUAACGUCAUCAUGGGAAUCGGUCCUUUAGCGCUGGCGCCAAUGUUUGGAGACUUGAUUGAAGCAUUUCACUCUGAUCUGGCGUCCGUUGUGCAAUUUACCGGCGUCUGCAUUCUCGUUUUGGGAUUUAGUAACUUCUUCUGGGUUCCCAUCUCCGAUACAUUCGGAAGAAGACCCGUUCUGAUCUUCGCUUCGCUGGUGUGCUUGGCGUCGAACAUCUGGCGGGCUAAAGCAACGACCUAUGGAAGCUUCAUGGGAGCUUGCGUGCUGAAUGGAUUCGGUGCUGGACCAUGCGAGACUCUCUGCCCGCAAGUCAUUACCGAUGUCUUCUUCCUCCACGAGCGAGGCUAUUACAACACCAUGUACUUUGCACUGUACUUUGGCUCUCUCAUGGUCGGCCCCAUCAUUGCCGGCUCAAUGGCUCUCCAUGUUGGCUGGCGUAGCUUCUGGUGGUUCAAUGUCGCUGCUUUCGUUUUCAUCAUCCUUGCUGCGGUGUUCGCCUUCCCAGAGACAAAGUGGCAUCGCGCCCAUCCUAAUGAAAUUCAUAACACUCAAGCUUCAGCUACUUCCACCCCCGAGUCUGCGUCUGCGGAUGGAAAGGAAAAGGAAGAAUUGCCCGAGGACUCUUCCAAGAAGGUAGAGACCCAGCUGGAGGUCCAGAGCCCGCCAGCCGAGGAAACGACUAUGGAUCCAUUCCUCCACAAGGGCCAACCUUCGAAACGCCAGUUCCAUAUCUAUCAGCCCGACCCUCACUGGGUCAAGAGUUUGUUUCUCGCAUUCUGGGUCCCCUGGCGUCUACUCGCGUUCCCAAUCGUCGAAUAUGCUGCCUUUGUGGUUUCGUGGUCUGCCAGUUGUUUCCUCACGGCCAACCUCACGCAGAGUCAAGCUUUUGGUGCCCCGCCCUAUAACUGGUCCAGCCAGUCGAUCGGCUUCACCAACUUUGCUUCUCUUGUCGGCGCGAUGAUUGGAUUGGCUACCAAUGGACCCCUGUCUGAUUGGAUCUCCAUGCGAGCCACCAAGAAGAACAGGGGUAUCAGAGAGCCGGAGAUGCGUUUGCCGACUCUUAUCCCCUAUGUCAUUAUUGGCAUUAUCGGAAACUUCAUCAUCGCUUUUGGAUAUCAGUACCACUGGGAUUGGCGGGCAAUCGUCCUUGUUGGUUACACUUGCGCCGGUAUUCAGGUUACAGCCCUGCCCGCUAUCUCGAGUACAUACGCCGUCGAUAGCUACAAGCCCGUCGUCGGAUCUGUCUUCAUCGCCAUCACGGUCAACAAGAACGUCUGGGGCUACGGUUUCAGCAAGUUCAUCACACCUUGGACUGAGGCAUCCGGAUAUGUCCCGGCCAUUAUGCUGAACAUGUGCUUGACGGUGCUGUGGUGCUCCUUCGGUUUCCUGUUCUAUUUCUACGGGAAGAACUGCAGAAAGUGGACUGCUGGCUCCAGUAUUUGGAAGCUUUAG